ACCCAUAAUUCUUUUGACCGUCUUUUUAAUGUUCGUUGUGGUCAUCGCUCAAGCAACUCCUACUCCGGUUGCCAAAAAAGAAAAAAUAGGAAAAAACUUAUACCUUGAUGGUGUAAGAUUUGAAGGUUACUACAAAAAAAUCGCUCACGAAUUGUUAAAAGUCCACCACCAAUAUAAUUCACUCUUUUCUUCGUUUAACGGAACUAUAAAAGAAGCCGCAAAGAAAGAUAAUUUACCUGUACCAGAAUUUUUCAUUGAUUGGAAUGAAAAAUAUAUUGAUGAAGCAAAUCAAGCACACCAGAUUUAUUUAGUUUUUAUCGCGAAACUUGAAUCAUUUAGGAAGAAGAUUGAGGAAGCAUAUAAACAUAAUAAAUAA